AUGAAUCUUGUUUGCUUGAAGUCUGAACAAGUAGAUGGAACUCUUGGGGAAAAAAUCUUCAAAGUAAAGGUUCUGUCAGCUUUUAAGGAUAUACAAAAGGAGUUGCAGGAAGAUGCUCGGAUUCGAGCUGUACUCCAGGUCCUCUUUGUUCCCCUUCAAUCAAGAUGGACACUGCCUUUUUAUAAAGCCUUCAAGAACACUCUCAUCCAGUGGUGGCGAAUCCAUGGCACGCAUAUCACAGCCAGCUGUUUGCUAUCAUUGAAAGAUCUAAAAGGGAUGAGCAACUGUUCUGUGACACUCAUAUCCUCUGCAGCCAAAAUGGGAAGUACAAGACCUCCAGAUUUCUCUACAACCCCAAAGGUGAGAUCACAGUUCAAGACUGGAGACUGGCCAUCAGGAACCCAUUUCCACAACCUUAAGACACAACACUCUGGCCAGUCAGCUUACUACCCUGGACCCUAACUCUGUCAUCAAGAAAGAAGGACUCCUCUGCUUCUGCCAGUUUGUGUUUGAUACUUUGGACUGGGAUCACUAGGGUAGAAGCAUCAUCACAAGAACUGCUUUUACCUUCAGUGCCACCUGCCUCAUAAGCUACCUAGCAGGGAGGAGAAGAAAUUUCUUUUUUUCCCAUCCAUGUGACUAUGACAUCUAGAGCUCAGCUUAGUUGCCUGAAAAAGAGAAGAAAGAUAUUAGGCGAACAUCAUCACUGAAGAAGAGGAAAGGGUCUCCAUGGGCAGAGAUGCCAGUGUCUAUGGCUGCAACUGGGAACAUGAAAAUCAGCUGAGACCCCAGCCUAUCCUAAUUGCCAAGCAGAGAAGCCAGCAAAUUAACA